AUGGCUCCAAAGAGUACCAAGCUACCGGUAGCUUCGCAUGCCAAAGAGCAGCAGAAUGUCUCGAUAGAAGAUCUGCUGUUCCCCAGAAGUACGAUUGCAAAUCUAGCCAAAGAUAGUGCACUGUCGGGAGCGCAACAGGAAAGACAAGAAGUGGGACAAGAAGAAGAACAGAAGAAAAUCGUGCUUUCCAAAGAUGCAGUGACUGCACUCCAGCGAGCAGCUACAGUAUUUGUAAACUAUUUGAUGGUUUCUUCGCGAGACGGCGCCACUUCCCAAAAUCGAAAAAGCUGCAAUGUCGACGAUGUACUCACAGCUCUAGACCAUUGCGGGCUCGAGGGUCUCAAAUCACUAGUGAGAGAGCGUCUUGACGAAUAUAAUCGCGCACUCGAAUUGCGGAAACUCGACAAAGAACAGGGAGCACCAGCACAGCCAGAAGCCACAGAACUGGAAGACGAAGGUCAAGAAAUACAGAAUGAAGCGUCAGCUAAAAGGCCAAAAGUGGAUAAUUGA